GUUACUAUGCUGUCUUAUCUUUUGCAGUUCUGCAUCCUCAGUGCCGGUGUCUUCGUUUUUUAUUUGGGAUACGGAUUUACGCUAGAGCUAAUUUUUCGAAUGGAUGGCAUGCAAACUCUUGGCUGGUACCUUACACUAAUUCAGUUCAUCAUCUAUAGCUUUUAUUCCUCUAUUUUAGGAAAAUGUCAUUUCAGAAUUCCAUAUAGUACAUAUUUAAAAAUAUCAUUUUUUACCGUCGCUACAAUGGGUUUGUCUAAUGCUUCUGUUGGUUAUCUUAAUUAUCCGACUCAAGUAGUGUUCAAGUGCUGUAAAUUGAUUCCAGUCCUUGUUGGUGGAAUCAUUAUACAAGGAAAACGUUACGGGUUACUUGAUGUAUUAGCUGCUGGUCUAAUGAGCUUAGGACUGAUUAUUUUUACCCUUGCUGACAGUGAAGUAUUGCCUAAUUUUGAUCCAACGGGUUAUAUCAUGAUAUCCUUAGCUUUAGUCGCUGACGCGAUAAUUGGUAACGUACAAGAAAAAGCAAUGAGAAGUUAUGAAGCUCCUAAUAAUGAAGUGGUUAGAUUUUUUUUUCAGCAUCCUUUGCACACUUAUGGAUGUGCAUUUAUUUUUUCAACAUUUGGUUUUGCUGGGAUCGAUGUGGUUUUAACACUAAUACGAACUUCUGGAGCUCUAGUGGCUGUUACAGUAACAACAGUACGUAAAACAAUCACUAUAGUACUAUCCUUCAUUUUGUUUGCAAAACCGUUUACUGCUGAUUAUCUGUUGGGUGCCUCUAUAGUUUUUUUAGCCAUUUAUAUAAACAUUUAUAGCAAGAGACGUGACUGUUUUGAUAGUGUCUUAGUUGCCUUUUGUAGGCGGGGAAGACUUCGAAGCCCCACCCAUUCUGUCAAAGAGGAAAUUCUGUAG